UGCAGUCCAACAGUUAGUUAAGAGGCUUGAGGUAAAGCGCGCGCCAGCACUGCGCGUUUGACUGCCUCCGAAAGCGCACGCGAGUAUCGUUUGCGCAACAUAUAAACCAACACCGCGACGUAUAUAAAGCCAUAAGCCACAGUUACGAAAUUCGUCAAUCCUUUUCUGAGACCUUCAGUCGACUUCAAUGCCGGCUUGAGCCUUACCGAUUGUGACACGAUCGUGCGGGAUAUGUGUUAUGGUGAUUGAAUUUGAACGUAACGUAACUGUCUAAGAUGAAUAGACCCGCGGCGCAGGGCGUGAUGCCCGUCGUGCUGCUGUUGCUGUUGGCGACUACUGGUACUUCAGAAGAAGGUAGCCGCGUGAAGCGCUUACGAGCAGACGCGUCUAAUGUAGCGAGGGAGCCUGCGCAAGCGCUGGACGCGCCAGAACCGGAGGCUGAUGCAGCGCCCGCCCCUCACGCUUUCCUCAGUCCUUCAGUCAAGGAAUACCUGGAGCUUGGAAUGGCUAUUCCAGGAAAACCUGGAACUGACUACCCAGUGCUGGGCGCGGUGCCCUACACAAACUUCUAUUGCGACGAGCAGCCGUACCCUGGUUUCUUCGCCGAUAUGGAAACCAGAUGCCAAGCCUGGCACUACUGCGACAUCGACGGCCGGCAAGCUUCCUUCCUCUGCCCCAACGGGACAGUAUUCUCCCAAGGGGUGGCGUCCUGCGACUGGUGGUUCAACGUCCGCUGCGCCUUAUCACCAGCCCUCUACCCUCUUAACGCGCGACUCUAUAGAAGGAGGAGAAAGAACUCCCGCCCGAAGCCUCACCGGGUCAUAGAUAAGGAGCUGGUCGAUGAAAUAUUCUUGUAGAUAGUAGAUGUAGUUGAAUGUAGUGAUUUGUGAUUGAUACUGAACGGUCUAUCAAAAAUCUAAAGCCCGGUCUGUGAGCACGUAGAUUUUGUCCAAUACCCC